AAAACAACGUCUCGGUUGCUGUGGCGUGGUUCUAUACCUGGAGAUAUGAAUGGGAAGCGGCCCGCCGAUCCUGGCCCGGCUAGAGUGGGCAAAAGAGGAAAGAAGGAGGUGAUGGCGGAGUUUUCGGAAGCUGUCAGGGAGAGUACUUUGAAAAAGCAGGUAGCCGAGGCCUGGAUCCACAGGACGACGUUUAGUCACGAAGCCAUCGUCGUGGACAUGGACCCCUUUCCUCACUGCGUGAUCCCAAACUUCAUCGAAAGCCAAGACUUUUUGGAAGGGCUUCACAAAGAACUUUUGAGCUUGGACUUCCAUGAAAAGUAUAAUGAUUUAUAUAAGUUUCAGCAGUCUGAUGAUUUAAAGAAGAGAAGGGAGCCUCAUAUCUCAGCCUUACGGAAACUUCUCUUUGAAGAUUUCCGGGCCUGGCUUUCUGACAUUUCUAGCAUUGACCUGGAACCAACCAUUGACAUGUCCUGUGCUAAGUAUGAAUUCACUGAUGCCCUGCUGUGCCAUGAUGAUGAGCUGGAAGGGCGCCGGGUGGCCUUCAUUCUGUACCUGGUUCCUCCCUGGGACAGUGCCCUGGGGGGCACCCUGGACCUGUACAGCACUGAUGAACACUUUCAGCCGAAGCAGAUCAUCAAGUCUCUUGUCCCUGCAUGGAACAAACUGGUUUUCUUUGAAGUGUCUCCAGUAUCCUUUCACCAGGUGUCUGAGGUCCUUUCUGAAGAAAAGUCGCGUUUGUCUAUCAGCGGCUGGUUUCAUGGCCCUUCACUGACCAGGCCUCUUGCCUACUUUGAACCCCUCGAACCUCGGUACCCUCACAUCCCAAAAGAUCAUGAAAUCCUGUAUGAGUGGAUCAACCCUUCUUAUCUGGACAUGGAAUAUCAAGCUCAAAUUCAAGAAGAGUUUGAAGAAAGGUCUGAAAUUCUCCUGAAGGAAUUUCUGAAGCCUGAGAAGUUCGCAAAGGUCUGUGAGGCAUUGGAGAAAGGAGAGGUUGAAUGGACUAGCCAUGGUCCCCCUAACAAAAGAUUUUAUGAAAAAGCUGAGGAGAGUCAGCUGCCUGAUGUACUGAAGGACUGCAUGGAGUUAUUUCGCUCGGAGGCACUGUUCUUGCUGCUUUCCAACUUCACAGGCCUGAAGCUUCACUUCUUGGCCCCUUCAGAAGAUGAGCUCAAAGACAAGACAGAGGGAGAAGCAGCUUGUACAACUGGUAGCACUGAAGAGGGGACUAGCCAUAGCUCCUCAGAGAAUAAUCAGGCAGCCAUUAGUAACAACAGCCAACAAAGCAGUGAACAGACAGAUUCGGCACCAGAGGAAGAAGUAGCAAAGAAAAAGUCAAGUGUCCCCACCUGCCAGGGGGAACUGAGGCGUUGGAGGACUGGUCACUACACUUUAAUCCAUGACAACAGCCAGACGGAAUUUGCCUUGGACUUAGUUCUUUAUUGUGGCUGCGAAGGCUGGGAGCCAGAAUAUGGUGGCUUUACUUCCUAUAUUGCCAAAGGCGAAGAUGAAGAGUUGCUAAUAGUGAAUCCAGAAAACAAUUCUUUGGCAUUGGUCUACAGAGACAGAGAGACUCUGAAAUUCGUCAAGCAUAUUAACCAUCGAAGCCUCGAACAAAAGAAAACUUUCCCAAACAGAACUGGUUUCUGGGACUUCUCAUUUGUGUAUUAUGAAUAGCAGGGCUGGACAGAGCUGAACCAAAGACACCCUCAUUUGGUCCUGGGGGUCUAGAAGAGCAAGGCAGGGAGAGCUCUGUGGCAAGCUCUCCAACAGUGUUCUUCAAUGCUUGUCCUUAAUCAGAUUCGUGAUUGUCUUCAGCCUAUACCUUGAGCUUGGAGUAUUUGUCUCUUGAUUUUCUCUUUCCUGGUCCUGGAAUUGAAGCCAGGGCUUCAUGUAUGCUAGGCAGUGCUCUGUCACAGAGCUACAUCCCCAGCCCUUAUUUUUAAAAAGGUUUUUUUUUUUCCUUUUGAAUAUUAAGUUCUUUGUCUUGUGUAUUGAUUGCCUUGACCAUUUUUUUGAACUUCAGUGAUUUUUUUUAUUAUUUAUAUUGUAUGAGAAAAAUCUAACAAUAUAAUCAUUUUUGAAUGCACAGUUCAAUGUAUUGAGAACAUUCACAAUGUACAACCCAGCAGUCACCACCCGUGUCUUACACUUUUUCCAUCUUCCAAAACUGAAACUCCAUAUACUAGCUCCCUACUUUCCCCACCCCACCCGCUACUGUUCUCCUUUCUGUUUCUGUGGACUGUUCAUACUCCUCAUCAGUUCAAUCACAGUGUUUGUGUACAUCAUAGGUGUUUUGGUGACUUAUUUCGCUUAUCAUAAAGUGCUCAAGGUUCAUCGGUGUUUCUCCCUGGGUGUUUCCUUUUUUCUUAUGAGUGACUGCAGAGUCUGUUUUUCCCAGUCACAUUGGUAUGAAGACAAAGACAGACCUUUAACCUGGUUCAUGCUGGGCCUUAGAGGGCCGACCCAGUGUGAGUCAUUAUAGUCCCUUUCCCACUGCAUGUGGGCUGCAUUUUAGGGGAAUUCCCCAGGAUACGCUAGUCAGCUGAUGUGUGGUGUCACUUCCUGGAAGAGGUCUGGAUAAAACCAUGUGGCCUCAAGAAACUUCAGCAGCUUGGUAAAAAGGACAGGCUGCUCAUUGCCCUGUUGUGGCCACCACUGCCUUUCCACCCGGAGCCAUGGCUUGAGUCCAGCCUCACACAUUGGCUUUCACUUGCCUAAAUGCUGCAGCUCUAACUGUAGAACUAGUUGGCUUUCAUCCUGUAAGGGACCCAGAGCUAAGAAGCCACAUCAAAAUGCAAUGCGCUUUCCAUUCUGUUCUCUUCACUUCUCCACAGGACUCUGUCUUACCUCCUGGUAUGUGUGUGAGGGCAGCGGGUGGGUAAAGAUGGUAUUCUCACUCCACCUUACACUGUUUGCCUCUUGACUUCCAUUCUCUUUUCUGUUACUUGAUGUUCCAGUAGUUUUCAGUAUGGGUUAUUUAUUUUUGGUACCAGAGAUUGAACUCAGGCUCUUGCACUUGCCAAGCAGGCCCUUAUGCUGCUGAGCCAUCUCCCAGGCCUGGGUUAUUUAUUAAUAGGAAAAGCAUUGCACCUUUAAACUUUUCAAUUAUUCUUCCUCAUCUCCUAAAAUUUGUUCCAGAGUUUAAAGAGUUCUAUUUUUAGUUUGAUGAUUUUUGAAAAAUUGUGAUAUAUCACAACCAAGAAAACACAUCUUAACAUGUAUGGCCAUUAUUUUUAUACAUAUAGCAAUAUUAGUUAUAAAACAGUAUUUGUAAUCCUGACCCUCUCUACAGAGGCUAGUGUAUUUAUGUUAUAGGGUUGGUUUGUUUUAAUGUAUUUGAUACAGGAUCCCACUAUGCAGCUCAGACUUGUAGUGAUCCUCCUGUUUUCAGCCUCCCCAGUGCUGGGAUUACAGGUGUGCACCACACCCAGUCUUGGUGGCUAGCUCACUUUGCCUGGGAGUGAGGCCAGUGCAACAUGUUAUAUUUUAGUUUAUAACAAAAAGUCUAAAAUAUAAAAAUGAAAAAUAUUGAAAAACAAAAGUAUGUAGAAAUAAGGACAUAAAAUAAUUUUGUAUAGCAGUACAGUGUGUUUUAUGCUAUGUCUUAAUUAUAAGUCAAAAAAAAAAAAGCUUUAUGGCUGGGGUUACAGCUCAGCAGCACAACACUUACCUAGCAAGGGCAAGAUUGUGAAUUUGAUUUCUGGUACAAAAAAUGUUUUAAAAGUUUAUAAAGUUACAUACAAUAAGUAAAACUUAUUGAAAUGUAGAAAGUAUUGUUUAUAGGUUUAGUAGCCAUGGAAAAAAUUACGCCAUAUGGCCUAGGUGUGCAUUAGGCUAUACCGCCUAGAUUUGUGUAAGAACACUGUAUGGUAUUUAUAUAAAAAUGAAUCUG